CUGGGUAGAGAGAGAGAGAGAGAGAGAGAGAGAGAGAGACUGAAACCACACCAAAAACUGACGGUCUCCUCGUCUUGCCUGCAUUUCUCCUCAAGCCUUCACACGCGCCACAGUAACCACACGCCCUCUCCCUGCGUUUUCCCUGCUCUUCACUGCCAUGGAGAUCAGCGCAUUGCCCCAGAUCAACAACCUGGACGACCUGAUAGGGGAACUGUACAAGGUGUUCGAUGGAGAUGAGGUGAACGUUGAUUUUGUGAACCACCUCAUGUCCUCCUACAAAUCCAACCCGCAGGACUGGAAGAAAUUCGCCAAGUUUGAUCGAUACAGAAACCUGAUUGAUGAGGGGAAUGGCAAAUUCAACCUGAUGCUGCUGUGCUGGGGCCCCUCACACACCUCCACCAUCCAUGACCACGCUGACGCCCACUGCUUCAUGAAGCUGCUGGCUGGGUCACUGCAGGAGGUAAGGUUUGAGUGGCCAGUGGAGGAAGGGAACAGAACUGACAGGAGUGAAGAGGACCAAGAUAGACUGAUGGUGGAGAUUGCUCGGGGUGAAAUGAAGGUCAAUGAUGUUUGCUACAUAAAUGACUCCCUUGGGCUGCACCGGGUGGAGAACCCUUCCCACAGUGAGAGUGCCGUGUCUCUCCAUCUGUACUGCCCCCCCUUCAGCAGCUGCUCCAUAUUUGAUGAGCGCACCGGCAAGAGGUCCAAGUGCCCUGUCACAUUCUGGAGCAAGUUUGGGGAGAGAGUUGAAUUGAAAAAGCCCAAGUCCUGCUGUGACUGAGAAGCUUCUUGAGGCAGGAAAGAAAUGUGAUGGAUGCGAGAAUUUUUCUUGGAUGACGCCACACCAUUUCUUUCCUGAGUGUGAGUGUGAGAGGAUGAGUCAAUAGGCUGGGUGUUAAGGGAAGGGACAAGGGGACAGCAGUAGAUGAUGUGUGAAAGAAAUCAGUACAAAUAUCUGUAAAAAAUGACAUCAAUUGGUUAGACAUUUAGUUGUAAUUAGUGUAUGUUGAUAAAACAACACUUAAUCUAAAAGGAAAUGUGUAAAUCAGUACAAAUAUAUGUAAAAAGACAUGAAUUGGUCAGAAUUUGGUUCUAAUUGUAUAUAAUAUUGAUUAAAAUGACACUGAAGCCUGUAAAAAAAUCUAUCUACAUAUCUAUAUACCAGGCCAGCAAAAAAAAAAAAAAGUACAGUACAAGUAUUUGUAAAAAUUUAAGAAAUAAAUCAGAAAUUUUAGUUGGAAUAUCCAUAAAACAACACUCAAGCUUAUAACAAAAAUAAUAAUAAUGAAAAAAUUGUUACAAAUACCUAUGAAAUAACAUCAACUGGGUGUAAUUAUAGUGUCAUGUUAUUCGGCAUAAGCACAACAUACAGCACUGCAGAAACUGAAGGAAAUGAGUACAAAUAUCAGGAAAUUAACUCAAUUGGCUGAGAAUUCAUGGUAUUGUUUAUGUCCAUGAAAAGAAGACAGACUACAAAACACAACUAAAUGUAAGUAUCUGCUAAUAAUGGUCUGGUCAUCAAAGUCAGCAUUGGUCUUGGCAAUUACUAAUGAGACUAUGUGAAAGAAAAAGAAAGAAAAGGAAAAGGAAAAUAAAAAAAAGGGAACACAUGAAAUGAAAUAAGAGGAUGAAAAGGAAAAAAAGAGAAUAGAUGAAAAGAAGAAAAAGAUGAAGGAGGAGAAGGAAAAAAAAAGGGAACACAUGGAAAGAAGGAGAAGGAGAAAAAACAAAUCUAAAGGGAACAGGACAUAACAUUGACAAGCCAUUGAUGUUCAGGCUUAAGAUUUUGUGUCAUUGAGUCUUAUUUUUAUAUGAAAUGGAGAACAAGUGAGUGUUGAGUGAACUGGUCUCCACAAUAAGGACAACAGUAGCAGUGUGGCAGAUACCUGAGGGAAGGCUUGGGUGAAAAAUUCCUGUUUAUUUGAUGUUUAUUGGGAGUUGAUUUUAUUGUUAGUGGAAAAGUAUUCCAGAUUGAAAGUAUUGUUAAGAUAUAUACAACAUAUAAGAGACUACCCAUGGCUGUCUAGUAAGGAAGCUACAUAGGUGUUUUAUGAAUAAUAUCGACAUUUAUUGACCAUUGUUAUUAUUGUUUUUAUUCAAGUUAUUCUGCAUUUUUUAACACACUUUAUUUUUUUCAUCACAUGUGAAAGCUGCUUUGUGGAUUAAAUUAACUUUUUCUUAUCAUUGUUGUUAAUAUUUCAUAGUUGUGGAGAACCAGUUGUUGUUUAUGCCUUUUAUCAUAUUGUUUUUAUCUUAUAGAAAGUGUAAUAACUGAUAAAAACGUCCAGGUAUUUGAUGAAGACUUUUGUAUUAUUCUCUCUCUCUCUCUCUCUCUCUCUCUCUCUCUCUCUCUCUCUCUCUCUCUCUCUCUCUCUCUCUCUCUCUCUCUCUCUCUCUCUCUCUCUCUCUCUCUCUCUCUUUUUGAUGUUUCAUUCACAUGCAAUUUACCUUUGCACUUUUAGUUUCCACCUACAUUCUUUGUAAACUCCUUUCUCUCCUGAUCCAAACACCUCUUUUUUCUUCUUCUAGCAUCUCCUUCACAUGCACAUCUUCAUUUCACACUCUUGCACUUGCACACUUCACUUUCAAUAUAUACAUAUAUAUAUAUAUAUAUAUAUAUAUAUAUAUAUAUAUAUAUAUAUAUAUAUAUAUAUAUAUAUAUAUAUAUAUAUAUAUAUAUAUAUAUAUAUAUAUAUAUAUAUAUAUAUAUAUAUAUAUAUAUAUAUAUAUAUAUAUAUAUAUAUAUAUAUAUAUAUAUAUAUAUAUAUAUACAUAUAUAUGUGUGUGUGUAAAAUGGAUAUAUCAGUAGCUGCUGAUUUCAUUGUUCACUUGCCUUUAAUUUCUUUCCUUCACUUUUUUGUCUGGUAUCUUAUCUGUGUGUAUAAACAUCAGUAGGUGCUGCAUAUCAUGGGGAAUAGAGACAAGAACCCUUUUACUGCUACAGGCAUCUGUUUUUACCAUUCAGAGCAAUGUAGACAUAAAAUGCCACUAGGAACAGAGGUAGGAAUUAAUAGUUUUACUGCUAUGGUGUUAUUUUUACCAUUCAUAGCUCUCUAGAAAUAAAACUCCACUGAGAUAAAAAAAAAAAAAAAAAAAAGAGAGAGAAUAGAGCUGGAUUUUGCCAUCCUCUCAGGUUAGAUAACUAUUUAAGGGACAAUGUUACUUAACCCUUUGACUGCUACUAACAUAUUUUCCCUUAACUGCACAUCACCUGAAGUAUUUUUUUUUUUUUUGUGCAGCAGUUAUAUAUGAACAUUACACAGGCUAGAAAAUGAAAAAUCUAUUGUCUUCAUUCAUCCUCUUAUGGUGCCCAAAGGGAUUUUGUACAGUGAUCUUUAGCUUCAUGAACUGUUGUACAUUUAUCACAAUGCAAGGAUUAAGUUGGUGGCAGAACUGCAAAGGAUGGGAGUCACAGAGGAAGAUGCAACAUGCAGAAACUACUGGAGGACACUCAUACAGGGCACCAACCCUCAUUCUAGGGAAAUGGCAAAAGGAAAAGAAGUAUUGAAAGGGUUAAAAAGUGAUAUAAAAAGAUGGUUAUUAAAUGUUUGUGUGGCAGUAAUUGGGUUCAUGGGGAGCUUAGAGUGGAAGAAGGACUUGCAUGUAUAAUGUGGUGCUCAUUAUAAAGGUGAUCUAUUAUAUAAGGUCAGAGUUGUUAUGUGGAGUAGACUCAUUGUAGAGUUCUAUACUGCUUUAGCAUUUUCAUGUGAACAGUGCUAGAGAAUUUGAUUCUCUCUCUCUCUCUCUCUCUCUCUCUCUCUCUCUCUCUCUCUCUCUCUCUCUCUCUCUCUCUCUCUCUCUCUCUCUCUCUCUCUCUCUCUCUCUCUCUCUCUCUCUCUCUCUCUCUCUCUCUCUCUCUCUCUCUCUCUCUCUUAUUGUUAUCAUGUACCUUCUUCCCUUUCUUUUGUUUAUUUUUGAGAAUUUAUAUUCUAGUUUUUUUACAUAGUAUAUUUUUGUUUCCUUACUGUUAAUUGAAAUUGCAGAGUGUGUGUGUGUGUGUGUGUGCGUGUGUGUGUGUGUGUGUGUGUGUGUGUGUGUGUGUGUGUGUGUGUGUGUGUGUGUGUGUGUGUGUGUGUGUGUGUGUGUGUGCUGCCACUGCUGUGCCUGUGCUGUGGUGUGGUGCUGCAUGCUCUGCUGUACAUAUUACUGACCUUCACAUCAAGAUACAAGAAACCAGAAAGCCAUAAUGCCAGAAUUUAUUCUAUUCUUUCUAAAUGAAGUAACUGUUUUUUUGUUUAUUUUUCCUCUCUCUCUGCAUUUUGAAUUGACUUAUAUUCAGCUAAGUAUUUUCAUGAAUUUUCCUUAUUAAACUUUUAUUCUUUAAUUAGAUUUUUUUCUUACUGAAUUUGUUACUUUUUUUGUCUUUACUUCAGUGGUAUAAGUUUCUGUAAAUUUAAUCUUAAUCAUAUUCUAUAUUAUUAAAUCAUUGAUUUGAUUCUUUAUAUUCUUUGUCAUUUUAUAUUGAUUGUUCUUUAUUAUGGUCUGCACUAUACUUUCUAUGCUUUCAUGAGUUCAUAAUGUGAUUUUUCCUUUCUUUUAUCUUUGCUUGAAUUAUAGAUAUGUUAGUCAGAAAAUAUAAAUAACCAUAUAACCAUACAGUGUUGUCUGUAUACUUUAAUGUCAACUAUCUAUAGGGUUUUAGUCUGAGAUCCUCCUAAAAGGUAUUGAAAUGUGAUUAUGUAUUGAUCCUUACUUGUGAUCUUGUGGUUUUUUUGUUCCAAUUUGCAUGUCGCCUUUAAACAGGAGAAUAAAGUGAUAUGCGAGGUAUUAAUGCAGAAAUGUACUGGCUAUUAAACUGGCAUAAAUAAACAAAAGGAACAUAAUAA